UUCCAUCACACAUUUCAAUAUUUCAUCAUUCUCAAAUCUCAAUUCUCAAUGAUCAAACAUCAAUUCAAAGCCACUUCUCGAUUCCCGCACAGCUCUCACCCCCCACUAUACACACAGGAAAAAUCGAAGGAACAAAAUGCCGAGAAGCAGCUUUGCCAAGGUUGACGUCGUUAUUGACACUGGAAGUCCAUUGCUGGAUCGUACCGUUGAUGGCUUCUUCAAGAUUGGCACUGUUGCAGCCACUAGAGCAGUUGCUGAAGAUGCAUACCACAUUGCCAAAAGAGGAACCAUUUCAACUAAGAACGUAGAGGAAUCGUUGAAAAAGAUGUGCAAAGAAGGAGCAUACUGGGGAACUGUAGCUGGUGUUUAUGCUGGGAUGGAGUAUGGAGUAAAAAGGAUUCGGGGUACCAGUGAUUGGAAAAAUGCAAUGAUUGGGGGUGCUUUGACCGGAGCUCUGGUAUCUGCAGUGAACAACGGCAACAAAGACAAAAUUGUGAUGGAUGCUCUUACGGGAGGUGCAGUCGCCACUGCUGCAGAAUUUAUCAGCUAUCUCAACUGAGACUUCCAUGCCUGCUAUGUAUAUAGGGAAGAAAAACGUCUUAUUUCAUUUCUUCCUUAGGUUUCAAGAUUACCUCAAUAAUUGAGCGUUUUUUAACUAGCAUAUAUUGAAUUCGAUUACGAAAUUAGUUUGUGAUUCAAACUGAUUGUUCCCAUAUGACUACAAGGUCAUCCCUUUUUUGGUCAUAUGUGUUGACUAUGCUUCUUGCUUAUAAUAAGAGAAUAAAUUACAACAUUGUGAAAGGAAAAUGAACAUGGCUAAGGCUUAACGUAGUAUUUCCUGAUCAUAUAAAUUUCUGUCUACCUUGCAUUGGCUUGACAUGAGCAAGGAUAUACCGAAUAUAGUCUCCCUCACACUCUAUCAUACAAGCAAGUGCGCUGUAUGCCCAUGAUCUGUAGUCCCUUACGUCUGUUUUGGCUGGUGCAGCAGGAUACUUGCAUGCUUCGAGUUCGUGUUUUGGGGGGCGUCAACACCGUCUUUAUGUUAGAAUGUGAAUGUAUUUGAUUUUUAGAAGUGUAAAAGCUUUUUUAACAGUAGGGAAGCUUCUGAGUUCUGAAUUAGAAAA